AUGAACCAGAUGAACAUGCAGGGAAUGCAUCCUGCCGCUGGCGGCCCAGUGGGCGGCAUCCCCAUGAUGAACACCGGCUCGUCUGCUCCUCGUAGCGACCCCAACAAUCCGAACGUUUCGCCGGACCACAACAUGGUUGUACAGCUUAAUACCUACAUCUACGACUACUUUCUGAAACGAGGCUACAUUGAUUGCGCGAGGGCCCUUGUCAAAGAUUCCAACGUCCCAAUGAAUACAGCUGCACCGUCAAAGUUCAACCAUCGUGAUGGUGAAGUUAACGGUGUCGAUCUAGAUGCCAUGGCCACCGACUCAAACGAUGAUAUGAAAGCCAAGGUUCCAGAUGACCUCCCACGACCUAACCUGAACGGUGAUAUGCAACAAACAUCCUUUCUGUUCGACUGGUUCAACCUUUUCUGGGAUGUUUUUUGGGCGCAAAGGCGAAAAGGCAAAAGCCCUGAAGCCAUGCAAUAUCUUCAGCAUACUCAAUGUCGCGUUGGAUGGGAUUUAGCUGACAGUGUUGCUAGGACUACACAACAUAUGGCACAACUGCAGCAGAUAAGCUCAGGCAUGCCAAAUGGCUUAAUGAAUCCCGGAGUUAUGCCAAACCAAGGCGAUGUAAUGCCAUUGCAUGACGGGCAAGGAAUGUUGCCAAUGCAAGAUUACUACGCACCGAACGGUCAGAUGGCGCAAAUGAGACCCGGAAUGCAGACACCAGGCGGACAAGCUGGCGGCGGAAACCAUGCGCUCCAGGACUACCAAAUGCAGCUGAUGCUCUUGGAGCAGCAAAACAAGCGUCGCCUCAUGAUAGCUCGCCAGGAACAAGAGAUCAUGGCUCAUGCUGAUGGUCAGCCUGGAAUGGUUCAACCCAACUUGGCUCCUGGAACAUCGCCUCAGGGGAGUCGAACUGGCGCAUCUCCAAAUCCGAAUGAACAGAUGAAACGGGGAACACCGAAAUUACCUCAGACAGGACUUCCUGGGUCGCCAAAUGUUGGUGAUGCGAUGGGCCAAGGCCGUGGCUCACCUGCAUCGAUGAACUUCGCUGGUGGUCAGAUUCCACCUGAUAUGGGCGGAGCUGCCUUUUUCAACGUGAAGCCUGAAGGUCUCGUUGGCCCGAAUGGUAUGCGGCCGCCAAGUUCAAAUCCCGCAUUUAGUGGUCCGCAGAUGACACAGCCGAUGGAUGCGAUGACACGCCCACAGCCGCCUGGAACUGCAAACAGAAUGCCAAGUGGCAAUUGGCAACAAAAUCCGCAAGGACAACCCAUGAUCCCCCAACCUGGACAAGCCCAAACCGCCGGAACGCCUCAAGAGCGGAAUGCGAUGCCGCCCCCCCAAGCUCCCGCUGCUGGUGGAGCGACUGGUAGAGUCCAACCGCCUUCCCCUCAACCUGGCGCCGUGGCGCCUCCAACCCCACAACAAGCGAACAAGCCAGCCCCAAAGACUAAGAAAGACACUAAAGACACACGUGUUGCCAAGUCGAAAGUUCCCGCCAACGCAGGAAACACGGCUGCAACUCCAUCAUCCGAAGCGGAGCCUCCACCAACUCCUACACCCUCUACUCCAAUCACCCCCGUACAUCCAAAUUCGUUCAAUAAAGCUGGUCCCGGUGCGGCGACUAAUGGUGCGCAGCCAACAUCGGCACCCGCACCGCAAGCUAUCGGGCAGCAACCACCGCAGCCAUCUCAAUUACCGCAAACGCAACCUCAGCAACAACCGCAACCACCACAACCGCAACAGGAUCCCAAUUUAACGUUCGGUGAUAUAAACAUCCCUGAUAAUAACACUUAUGGCCUUGAUUUCGCCGGUCUUGAGAACCCCGACCUUCUUGAAAGCUUUGAUUUUGACACAUUUCUUAACAACGAGGAUCCAAACGGAUUUACUUUCGAAUCCAACUUGACUUAUAACCCCGACGGUGUCGAGGCAGGCGCUGGCGACACACUAUAA